AUGGCUAGCCCUAGAGUUCUCUCGUUCGAUGCUGAGGGCCACCCGGUUAAGUUUGAGUCCUGGCUAGAUGAUCUGCACCUGUUCCUCCAACUCACUGCCAGAGAGGAUAUCUCGCUGUACGAUCACGCACUCGGCACAGUCCCUGCUCCUGCUGCUACUGACACCGCUACUGCUCGCUCGCAGUGGCAGACUCGCGAUGCUCACGCCCGCUUUGCUAUUUGCAACUCCCUGCCAGUCGAUGAGCGCGAGCACUUUGGUCAGCAUCAGACUGCACAGGCCCUGUACACUCCGGUAGUUGCGCGCUACUCCUCCCCGGCCUCAGCUGCACUAGGCCGUCUCUCGCUUCCCUACCUGUUCCCGGACCUGUCCGCCUUCCACACAGUCGCUGACCUCAUCACUCACCUCCGUACUAGUGAUGCCCGCUUCCGUGCAGCCAUGCCCGCUGAGUUUCUUGCCUCCAACCCUCCGCUGCUCUGGCUCACUCUCUACCACCUAGUCACCCGCCUCCCUGACAGUCUGCGUACAGUACCUCUCGUGGCGACCCCCGCACCCCUUUCUUCGAGGGGUGUUCCCCCCUCCCCCCUGCUCCCCUCUGUCGCCUCUGCUGCUGCUGUCGACCUUCUUGGUACUGAGCAGGUCGGCUCUGCGUCCGCUCCCAGCGGGCGCCGCAGCGGCAAGGGCAGGAGAGGCAAGGGCGGUGGGGGUGACGGCGGGGGAGGCGGUGGUGGGGGUGGUGGCAGCGGUGGAGGCGGUGGCGGGGCUGGAGGGGCUAGUGGCAGCGGUGGGGGUGGUGGAGGCAGCGGCGGCGGCAGUGGCCGGGGUGGGGGCGGUGGUGGUGGCGGCAGUGGACGUGGCGGCGGCAGGGGCGGUGGUGGUCGUGGCGACGGAGGCAGUGGUGGUCGCGGAGGCUCUGGCACUGGCCAGAGUACGCAGCACCCUCAGUCCUCCCAGGAGCUUCGUGAGUGGUACUUCCAGCACGGGGGUGGGGGUGGUAGCCUUAGCUGCACUUACGUCAUCCGCACUGGUCGCCGUGUGGGACAGACGUGCGGGAGGGCGCACACUGCGCAGCGCUGCUUCUCACGCCUAGAUGAUGCUUGGCGUACUCAGUUUCCUGACGCUCCUGAGCUCCCUCAGUGGGCUGAUCUCCUCAAGAAGGAUAUCGAUAUUUAUGCUCUUGAUUUUGAUGUUAUUCUCAAAGCCAUGUAUGCAUUGACUAUUAGUGGAGAGGAGGACCAGUACCUGUGUGUUCCGCCUGACCCAGGCAUCCGCACGAGUGAGGCUGCCGCACUAGGUGCUUGCGUGUCUGCUGCCCCAGGUGCUGGUGAGGCUACUGCUCUAGGUGCUUGUGCGUCCGUCACCCCAGGUACUACCGAGUCCACUGAGGCACUGCACACCUUCACUCUAGACUCAGGCGCUUCGCGCUGUUUCUUUCGUGACCGCACUGCUCUUGAGCCCCUUGCUCGACCAGUCGCUGUCUUGCUCGCUGACCCCUCUGGGGGUCCGGUCAUUGCGACCUCCUCCACUGUCCUUCCCUGUCCUGCUGUCCCGUCGGGCACACUGUCAGGUCUCCACCUCCCCUCGUUCUCUACGAACUUGGUGGCAGGUUGUGCGCUUCAGGAUGGGGGUGUUCACCAGUUCACCCCUGCCUACGAGCGCGUGACACACUGCACGUGUGCUCGGACGGGCCGUCACCUGGCUACCUUCACUAGGCAGCCGGGGUCGGACCUGUACACACUGACCACUGAGUCCCCUCAGGUAGCUGCGUCUGCGUCUGCGUCAGGUCAGCUGUCUGCCCCCUGCUCGUGUCGCUCUCUAGCGCACAAGACUGUCCUCUGGCACCACCGACUUGGUCACCCGUCAGUGCAGCGCCUUCGGGGCAUGCACGCCCGGUACCUUGUCUCUGGUCUUCCUCGGGUACUCCCUCCCCUCCCACCCUCCCUUGCUCCUCCUUGUCUUCCCUGUGUUGAGGGGCGGCAGCGCGCUGCCCCUCACUCCUCCUCGUUCCCCCCGACGACUGCUCCUUUGCAGACGCUCCACAUGGACGUGUGGGGCCCAGCCCGCGUCAGUGGUCAGGGCCAGGAGAGGUACUUCUUGAUCGUCGUUGACGACUACUCGCGCUACACCACGGUCUUCCCCUUGCGCACCAAGGGUGAAGUCCCUGAUGUCCUGAUCCCUUGGAUCAGCCGAGCACGUCUUCAGCUGCGAGAGCAUUUUCGCUCGGAGUUUCCUGUCCUGCGCUUGCACUCUGACAGAGGUGGCGAGUUCUCCUCCGACCUCUUGGCAGCCUACUGUGCUGAGCACGGCAUUCGCCAGUCGUUCACGCUUCCGGCCUCUCCACAGCAGAAUGGGGUUGCUGAGCGCCGCAUUGGCUUGGUCAUGGAGGUCGCUCGUACCUCCUUAGUCCACGCGGCUGCCCCCCACUUUCUGUGGCCGUUUGCGGUCCGGUACGCUGCGUAUCAGCUCAACCUCUGGCCCCGUGUCUCCUUGCCGGAGACUUCGCCCACACUGCUGUGGACGGGGGAGGUUGGCGAUGCGUCGCGCUUCCGUGUCUGGGGAUCCCGAGCUUUUGUUCGCGACACGUCUGCGGACAAGCUCUCCUCCCGCACUGCUCCGUGUGUCUUUCUUGGCUUUGUCCCGGAUGCGUCUGGCUGGCAGUUUUACCACCCCGCCUCGCACCGCGUCUUCCCCUCUCAGGACGUCACUUUUGACGAGUCUGUGCCCUUCUACCGCCUCUUCCCCUACCGCACUGCCCCGCUCCCUCCCCCGCCUCUCUUCCUCGCGCCAGACCCGGUUGAGCCUGCCGAGGUAGCUGUCGACUCGCGUCUUGCUAGAGGUGCUGAGCCUGAGCGUGCGGAGCCUGAGAGGGCGGAGCCUGGGGGUGCUGAGUCUGGGGGUGCUGAGACUGGGGGUGCUGAGCCUGGGGGUGCUGAGCCUGGGGGUGCUGAGUCUGGGAGUUCUGAGCCUGGUGUUGCUGAGUCUGGGGGUGCUGCACCUGGAGUUACUGAGCCUGGUGGUGUUACAGUUGACUGUGAGGCGCCUGGAGGACCUCCCUCUUCGCAGCAGCUCCGUGAGUGUCUCCGGAGUGGAGCUGCUGGUGCUGGGGUCCCCGGAGUUGACGCUGCUGCGGGUGCUGCUGACCCUGGUGCUAGAGGUGCUACUAGUACUGAGGACCCGGGCGUUGGAGCUGCUGCGAGUGCUGCGGACCCUGGUCCUGGAGGUGCUGCUGCUGCUGGAGGUGCUGCUGGUGUUGCUGGAGGUGCUGCUGCUGCUGCUGGAGUGGAGGACCCGGAGGGUGGAGCUUCUGCUGGUGCUGAGGACCCUGCCGCUAGUGUCUCUGCUGGUUCGGGAGUUGCUGCUCGGCCACGGCCGUACUUCGUUCCGCUCCUUCAGCAGGUUCUUGGUCAGCCUCCUCCUCCUUGUCCUCCUCUCGCCUUAGAGUGUCCGCCGUCAGUCCAGUCACAGCCACAGUUACUACCUGCCUCCUCACUCCCUGUGCCUGCUCCUUACACUGGUCCGACUGGAGGUCUUGCUGAGCGACGUGAGCCUGCGUCACGUCCUGUGUCACCUGCGUCUCGUCGAGCGUCGCCUGUUCGUGCUGCUGCCACUGGUAGUCGUGUCCCGCGUCAGCGUCCUCCUGCUGUCCCAGGCACUCACCAGAUGGCGCUUCGUCAGUCCACUACUCCGCAGCGUGUCGCUCUCCCGUCGCCUCCUGGGUCCUCUCUUCCUGCGCUUGCUGACCCCGAGUCAGACACCCUUCGCGCUGCCAGUCCUACUGUCACACGUCUUCUGGCUACGGUUGUCUCUGACCCUUCCUUUGAGUCCGCUGCUGCGUCUACCUUAGUCACUGAGCUUGUCGCCUUUGCAGCUGCGUGUCGUCUAGACUACGCUGCGAGUCUUGUUGCUGAGUCUGAGUCUGUCUGUCCUCCCUCCGUCGGGGGUGAGUGUGCUCUUGGCACGGACGUUCUUGAGGCCAGGCAAGAGGAGUUUGGUUGCCUUGCCGCUGCUUUGCCCCAUCUCGUGUCCAUGCUUGUUGCCCCUGAGGGAGACCCGGAUGCACCAGACAUCCCGACCCCACGCUCUUACGCAGAGGCGAUGGCCGGUCCCUACUCCUCUCAGUGGCAGUCAGCCAUGGACACAGAGAUGGCUUCCUGGAAGUCCACUGGCACCUACGUCGACGAGGUUCCCCCACCUGGGGCGAACAUCGUCAGUGGCAUGUGGAUUUUCAGGGUGAAGCGGCCGCCAGGUUUUCCGCCUGUCUUCAAGGCGCGUUACGUUGCGCAAGGCUUCAGUCAGCGAGAGGGAGUUGACUUCUUCCAGACCUUCUCCCCGACCCCGAAGAUGACCACUCUUCGGGUUCUGCUACACGUCGCCGCUCAGCGUGACUACGAGCUCCACUCUCUUGACUUCAGCACUGCUUUCUUGCAGGGCAGUCUGCACGAGGAGAUCUGGCUGCGCCGCCCACCUGGCUUCACUGGGUCGUUCCCUCCUGGUACCCAGUGGAGCCUCCGGCGGCCAGUCUACCGUCUCCGCCAGGCGCCUCGUGAGUGGCACGACACACUGAGGACUACACUUGCGGCUCUUGGGUUCGCUCCUUCUACUGCUGACCCGUCGCUGUUUCUACGCACCGACACCUCACUGUCGCCGUUCUACAUCCUCGUCUCCAGCUGUGAGGCUGAGAUCUACGCCACGGCCAUGGCUGCCCAAGAGCUUCGCUGGCUCACCUACCUGCUGACUGACCUUGGAGAGCAGCCUUGUUCUCCUCCAGUGCUGUACGUCGACAACAAGGCCACCAUUGCCUUGUGUGGGGAGCACAGACUGGAGCACAGGACGUAG